AUGACGUCUGACAGCGCAGCGAAAGCGCCUGCCGAAGCCACUGAGACGACUGCUCUCCUCGGCAGCGACAGCCUUCAUGCCGCCUCUCAGAGAAGGCGAGUAUGGUUUGAGCCAGUGCACUUUGUUUUGCUGUGCGGCUUUCUGGUGUCACUGUCAUUCGGCAUCACACAAGUCCCUAUCAUCUACGUCCUGCGAUUGAUGACAUGCGAGGUUUACUACCAGCAUCAUGCUGAGCCACCAGCCUCAGGACAUGAUCGAUGCUCGAUCCCAACCAUUGAAGCAGGCACCGCUCGUGCCGUGUCACUUCUUGGCGCCUCUACGACCUUGUUCGGCUUCAUCAACCUCUUUCUAACGAAGUGGACGAUCACAAAGCUCGGUGUCAAGACAGCAUUGGCGCUCCAGGUCUUCUUUCCUGCUGUCAGGCUUGUCGUGCAAAGUAUCAGUGUUGCGACGGGUGGCUACGCAGGCAUUGUCCUCAUGCAGUGCUCACAGAUGGUCACUGUCAUGGGCGGCCCGAACGGCUACAUGCUGGCUCUUAACACCUACGUGACAGAAGUGACCGAGCACAAGGAAAGAACUGGAACGCUGGGAAAGCUGCAGGGUUGUAUGAUGUUCGGGUCUGCUGUCGGCUAUCUCAUUGGAGGAUUUCUGGCUGACGUGUGGGAGAUGGCCACGCCUUUCCAUGUGGCGUUGGUUGUGUUCUUGACGUCGACUGUCUUCGUCAUCUGCUUCCUUCCAUGGUUUCCGCCGCGACCUACCACGGAGGACAAGUCUGAAUCAAGCAUACGCCGGAUGUUGGGACCACUGCGAACGAUUCUGCCGUCGAAAUGGGUUCGACCUGGAGGAUCCGUUAGUACCGAGUACGGCGCGGUAUUCCUAGCAGCCGGAGCUUUUAUCGCUGUGUUGGCCACAGGAUAUCUUCCUGCUCUACUACAGAUGUACGCUACAGACAUUUUCGGCUUCGGACCUACACGAAAUAGCUACGUUGUGGCCACACACUCAUUUCUUCGCGGAACCUUUCUGAUGUUUGCGUUCCCUCGCAUCAUCAAGCUCGGUCGACGCGUCAUGGAAUCUCGAGCCGAGCGACAUGCAUCAGCUAUUCAGUCUACUACCACAUCCGGCACCGCAACGCCUUCCGAGCAAGCACAACUCGCAAAUGCAAUGCAAGACGAGGAACAGGAGGACGUCAUGCCGCCGAAAGCAUCCGGCGAGCAGGAGACUUUCGAAUUUGAUCUUGUCUACACAAGAGCAAGCAUACUUAUCGAUGGCGCUCUCACCUGUGGUGCAGCAUUCAUUCAGAAGGGCUGGCAGAUGUACCUUCUUGCGGCUGUCCUGCCGUUUGGUGCAGGUACGGCUUCUGCAGCGAAAGGAGUCAUUCUGCAGAUGUGCCCAGCAGAAGAUCGUACAGAUGCCCUCAGCGCUAUCGCCAUCGUCGAGAUGUUCGCUCGCUUACUCACGACAUUCGUGUUUGGUCUGAUCUUUGCUGCGUUCGCGAGCAUCGAAAAGACCUACCUGGUGUUUGUCUGCAACGGGGCAGUAGCCUUUGUUGGCUUCUUCGUCUUAUUGCUUUCGAGGUUUCCACAAGAAGGGAGCCGACGUCUUUCGAACCCAAAGACGACAGAGGCGGAUACAGACGACAAUGAUUGA